CACGUGGGGCGAGGCAAUCAUCCAGCUCACCCAGUAUGUGAUCAUCAUGAAUCUGAUGUUUGUUUACCACGGUCGCCAUAGAAACGCCAUCGGCUUCAUGCUGCUGUAUAUCCCCGUGAUGGUGGUGUUGUUGUGGCCGCUCGUGUCCCCAAACACCAUUCUCAUGAUGAAGAUGAUCAGUCUGCCAGUGGCGGCUUUUACAAAGAUCCCGUACAUUUACCGCAGACACAAACAACAAGAAGAGAGCCCAGAGAGGUCACCACCACCACCUCCACCCAGCUCCAGCCUGUCCUCCCAACUCCUGGUCAACCUGGGCUCCUCCGGCCGCCUGCUGACCGCUGUAGUGGACACCAGGGACUUUCUGAUGGUGCUGGGCUACGCCCUGGACUCGCUGCUUGACUGGCUGGUCACGUCACAGGCACUACGUCAUAGGCGUCGAGAGAAACUGGUGGCGGGGAGGGAAGGGAGGGAGGGGGAGAAACUGGGGAGGAAGGGAGGGGGUGGUGUUGG